AGAACGAAGUUUUAUAUUUAAUUAUGAAAAGUUUAUUUCUUCUCUUUUUAAUUAUUUAUUUAACACUUGCUGAAAAUGUUUCUUAUUUAAGUGGUCCAAAUCAAAUUUAUUGAUAUUUGAAUAAUAUUGUAAUAAAAAAAAACAUUAUAUCUCCAUUAAUUAAUAUAAGCCAAUAUGAACAAAGGAAAAACUUGAUAAAGAGGAAAGUGGGAGUCAAAGUGGGAACAUAUUAUCCAUAUGUAACCAUUGUAUUCAGAUUAGGUUAUGUUAACUUGUAUACUUGCUGCUAUUCAUAACGGAAUUAAUACAAUGUGUCAAAUUGACAUACAUUUAUUGAUAUGCAUCUUUGUAUUUAUUUAAUCAUAUAUAAAUAUAUAUAUAUCAAUGAAUAUGGAUUACCUACAUUUUCACUCAACUGUACGUGAAACUCCAUCCUCAGAAACAUGCAUUCCAAUCCCAAGGCACAAUACAACUAUAAUAACAGAUGUUUAUGCGGGCAUUCCUGAAAAUUUAUUGCUGAAUUUUUUUGGAUUUUUGUUCCUUGUUAUCUUGUUUGGUUUAUUACGUAAGAAAGCAUGGAACUAUGGACGUCUUGCAUUAUUAAAUAAAACUGAUGAGCGAUGGAUGGAAUUAUUUUAUGGAGAUAACGAGGGUAGAGAUACAGAAGCACUGUGCAUAGAAACUUCUGUUAAUUCUCAACUUUCACAAGUUGAUAGAGGUUUCUUAUCUUGGAUUGUUACUGCAUUCAAAGUUACAGAUGAGGAACUAUUAAAACGAGCCGGACCAGAUGGUUUACUGUAUAUUUCAUUUGAACGUCAUUUGAUCAUCUUAACGUGCUUAAUGGUUAUUGCAUCGUUAUGUAUUGCUUUACCAAUUAACUUUCAUGGUAAUAUGCAAGGUGAUGAUGCAACAUUUGGUCAUACAACAAUAUCAAACUUGGACCCAAUGUCUACAUGGGUUUGGGUGCAUACAAUUUUAAUUUUAUCCUACUUACCAAUUGGUGGAUACGUCAUGAAACAUUUUUUGAAGAAGGUACGAGAUUCCAAGCAUGGUGGUGAAUUGGCAGCUAGGACAUUAUUAAUUACAGAAAUACCAAAACAACAGUGUGAUGUACAAAGUCUUAUUGAUUAUUUCAAACAAAUAUUUCCCACAUUAACAGUGGAAGAUGUCACAUUGGCUUAUGAUAUUAGACAGCUUUCUGCAUUAAAUGUAGAAAAAGAUUGUGCCGAACAGGCACGUUUAUACUGUGAAAACUAUGCGAGGAGAAGGGAGCCAUUGAAAAUGUAUCCAUAUCCAUGUGGCCAAGUGAUAGGUUGUUGUUGUAAAAAUCAAGUUGAUGCUCAAGAAUUUUAUACAAAUGAAGAAAUGCGAUUGACUGCAUUAGUCGAAGAAGAGAAGAAAGUGGCACUAAGCAGGCCUCUUGGAGUAGCUUUCGUAACUUUAGGUACAUCUGGUGCAGCUAAGGCUAUGCGGAAGUACUUAUGUUCUUUGCCAAGUACGAAAUGGGUUGUGGAUUAUGCACCUAUGCCAUCUGAUAUCUUCUGGGAAAAUUUAAGUAUACCAAGGCCAUGUUGGUAUCUGAAUGCUGUUUUAAUAAAUUUUUCACUGGGCAUUGUAUUAUUUUUUCUUACUACACCAGCUGUAAUAGUAACCGCUUUAAACAAACUACCAAUCACAGGAGAAAUUAUGAAUCUGAGUCCAAUAGUUUCAUCUUUUCUUCCAACUGUAUUGUUAGUUAGCGUGGCUGCUUUAAUGCCAGUAUUAGUAGCAAGAAGUGAAUCAUUAGUCAGACAUUGGACUAGAAGCAGCCUAAAUCGAGCAGUAAUGACAAAAACAUUACUUCUUUUAUUACUGAUGGUUCUUAUAUUACCUAGCUUAGGUUUAACCAGUGCACAAGCGUUUUUAGAGUGGACGGUAAACGCAGCAAAUGACACAGGGCGAUGGGACUGUGUGUUUUUACCUGAUCAGGGUGCUUUAUUUGUAAAUUACGUAAUUACUGCAGCUUUACUUGGAAGUGGAUUAGAGUUAGUCAGGUUUCCUGAAUUAGCUUUAUAUACCUUCAGAUUGUGUAUAGCACGUAGUAGGGCUGAAAGAAUACAUGUUAGAAAGGCAGUAUUAUGGGAAUUUCCCCUAGGUGCUCAUUAUGCCUGGUUACUCUUAGUCUUUACUAUGACAACAGUGUAUAGUUUGGCCUGUCCAUUAAUUACACCCUUUGGACUGCUAUAUCUCGUAGUGAAACAUUUGGUGGAUAGACAUAACUUAUGUUUUGCCUAUGGACCGAGCAUAGGCGGUGGCCAAUUAGCGGGUGCGGCAGCAAGUGCUACUGGAGCCGCACCGAUUUUGGCACAAGCUGCACUGUUAGCUCUAGGUUUGGUAAGGAGAGGUUUAUCACCAUUAGCUGCGGUACAACUCAGUGGUCUUGCUGCGAGUAUUUUAGGUCUUGUUACUGGUGCUACUUUAUCCACAUCAAAAUUUAAAGCACAAAUGCAAAAAAGAGAUCUAUCAGCUGGUCAGAAUUUCAUUGCACCCGUAUUACGAAAGAAACAAACAUCAUUAGAAGAAACUAUAUCCAUCGGUACGAAUUCUGAUCUCAGUCCACCAAGCUUAAGGAGCACUAGUGCUUCUUCAAUACAAGAUAGUCCGAAACUUUAUCAAGACUAUGGUAAAGAAUCACAAGCUUGAUAACUUUUGGAUUACAAUAUUGGAUAUUAGCCAUAUAAGCGAUGUAUUAAAACAAUUUAAUGAAA